GUGCUGUGGUGCCCUGUAGGGUCAUGCUGAUGGACCAGGACACUCAGUGGCUGUACCAACUCCUGGCCGAGGUCCAGUUGGAGAGGUUCUACGUGCGUGUCCGGGACGGCCUCAACAUCACCUGCAUAGAACACUUCACCUACGUCAAGGAGUCUGACCUAGAGCAGAUUGGCAUCAGCAAACCAGGUCAGUGCUCUAUUUUUCUCCAACACAGUUGCCUCCAACUGAUUUGUAUCAGAGCUUUGCUGUUUUCACCAGAUGGUAUACAGUUACGGACUAAUGUGACUUUACAUAGCAAAUUAGGAGAACUUAGGCAGCAGGUUAGGAUAAUUAACGCAGCAGGCUAGGGGAAUUAGGUUAAGGUUAGGAAAAGGGUUAGUCUUAGCUAAAAUGCUAAACUUCUCCGCAACACGAACAUGCAACUUUUUUUUUAUCAUAGCUGUAUACCAUAUUGCCACAACCGACUUCAGCUAACUAUCCUCCAUGUUGACACUACCAGUAGAUUAGUGGGUUACAGUAGAAUAAUGAAUUGUAAGUGCUGUUGAUCUAUUUUGUUGUAUGAUCAAUGGUAAUGUAAUUUGUUCUGAUUGUAAUUGUAUUUGUUGACAUGUAGGACAGAGAAGAUUAUGGAAGGCUGUGCAACGCUACAGGAUCACCAUGAGGCCAAAGUCAUGGAUAACCAAGGUAAGACCUGUACACCACUCCCCACAAUGUAUUUCCUUGAAGAUUGUUAAUUGUAAAACUUAUUAUUUUUAUUUUAUAUAUAUAUUUUUUUUUUUUUAUCCCAGGUCUUCAGUGGCCGUGGUCCGGAGGGGGGUGACCAAUGGGGCAAUGUGGGGCCCGGCCAGGGGCAGGGCCAGGAGACAGGAGGGCGGGCCCUCACCUGUCUGAUCCAGGACACUGAGCUAUCUCUGGGGGAGAAGCUGGGCAUGGGCUCCUUCGGCGUGGUGAAGAGGGGAGAGUGGCAGACCCCCACUGGGAGAGUGGUGAGUGAAUUUGUAAUAGUGGGACACUAUUUAACUUUUUAUUUUACUCACCAAGUCCAACGUUAUGAAUGUGGAUAUGCAGUAGUACUAGUGAAAAGCCAGAGCUAGGUUGUCUGUUUAGAAGACACACAGGGUAAGAUAUCUUCAAAAAGAUCAAUAGAAAUUGCAUUACAGUAUAUCCCCGAUCAAUAGAAAUUGCAUUACAGUAUAUUCCCGAUCAAAGAAAAUUGCAUUAUAAUCGAUCCCAAAUGUUAUUCAUCAGUACACCUAACUCAUCCAUCUUUCCCCUUCUCCUUGCUGUUGCCAUGACAGCUGCCUGUGGCGGUGAAGUCUCUGAAGAGUAGCCUGUCCAGACAGACGGACACCCUGACAGACUUCCUCCAGGAGGUGACCACCAUGCAGUCGCUAGACCACCCCAACAUCAUCCGCCUCUAUGGAGUGGUGCUCACACAGCCUUUCAAGAUGGUGAGACUGCCAUAUUCUUUAUAUCCUCUGAAAGAUGGAGGAUAAAACAUAUUUAGUAUUGCUCAUAUUUCUACAUUGAAAUCUUGUCUCCUUUCAUUCCUGGCCCCAAUAGGCUAAUAUUAUAAUCGGUAGAUUGGUUAUUCAAAUACAGCCAUUCAAAUUUAAAGAAACAUUCAAUGGUCAUUCUGAUGUUAUGUUUAUCAAAGAAUUCACUUAGGGAAUUUGAGGGAAAAUGUAAAAUCCUCAUAAUAAAAGAAGUCCCUUUAAAACCUGAUUGUCCUUCCCCCAGGUGACAGAGCUGGCAUCUCUGGGGUCCCUAUAUGACACGCUGCGCUCUCGCCAGUACGAGUACCCCCUGGCACGCCUCUGGCUCUUUGCCACCCAGAUAGCAGCAGGCAUGGAGUACCUGGAGGGUCGCAGGUGAGACACGAAACAGUCCCACUCUACAGACUACAACCACAUAUAUGCCAGUUUAACCACUAACUUUACUGUAACCCUAAAUGUAAACAAUUCCUCUGACCAACGUAAUCCAUUUAGUCCUCAAUUGAUUGACAUUUCCUGAAAGCCAAUCAAAUUUGACCAGAGGCGGAUGAAGACACUUCUAUCCAAUGAAAACCAGUAUCAUUUGUGGUUUUGGCUGGUAAAGUGUGCCUGUGCUAUAUCUCCCCCAGGUUCAUUCACAGGGAUCUGGCUGCCCGGAAUGUUCUGCUGGCCUCCAGGGAGAUGGUGAAGAUCGGGGACUUUGGGCUGAUGAGGGGCCUGAGCCAGGAGACGGAUCACUACAUGAUGACAGCCCACAGACGCAUCCCCUUCGCCUGGUGAGCUGAGGAGGAAACAUGAAGGAGUUUGUGGGGGGAUAUGUUAUUUACAAGUCAUUGAUUGUUUAGCAGUGUAACCUAAUGGAAGCCGAUGUGGAGAUAAUACUACUGUGGGAUUUUCUUUGCUGAAUGAUUGUCAGUUUGUAGUAAUUCCAUUUCUCUCUUGCUCCCUCCAGGUGUGCCCCAGAGAGUCUGCGUUUGGGCUCCUUCACCCACUCCUCUGACGUGUGGAUGUUUGGAGUCCUCCUCUGGGAGAUGUUCACCUAUUGUGAGGAGCCUUGGCUGGGGCUAUCUGGCAGACAGGUAUGUGUAGAAAAAUGUAGAAAUUGAGUCUGGAGGAGACAGUUUUGUACACCUUGUAGGUAGAGCACUUUAAGGUGAACCAUGACUCACAAGGAGUCAAGGCUCCAAGCAUUUGUGCGACUUCUGAAAUAUUUGAGCCCUUUGUACAAAAUAAAAUGUUCAAUAUUGUGUGUGACCACAAACAUAUUCAAUAUCUCUACAUUGCAAUGUCUUUGUCAUUAAACAUUCCUCUUUUUUUUCUCUCCUCAGAUCCUGUGGAGGGUGGAGCGGGAGGGAGAGCGUAUGGAGCGACCCCCUGACUGUCCUCAGGAACUCUACUCUGUGAUGAGGAAGUGUUGGGCCUGCACCCCGUCCGACCGACCCACCUUCUCCCAGCUCACCACUCUGGUAGCAGAGGUAACACACUAUACAUAUAUUUCCAUGUACAUUUAUUAUACACUACAUAUAUAUAUAUACAUACAUACAUACAUACAUACAUACAUACAUACAUACAUACAUACAUACAUACAUACAUAACAUACAUACAUACAUACAUAACCAGUGAAAAGUUUGGACACACCAACUCAUUCAAGGGUUUUUCUUUAUUUUUUUACUAUUUUCUACAUUGUAUUUCAUAGUGUAACCAAAAAAGUGUUAAACAAUCAAAAUAUAUUUUAUAUUUGAGAUCAUCAAAUAGCCACCCUUUGCCUUGAUGACAGCUUUGCACACUCUUGGCAUUCUCUUAACCAGCUUCAUGAGGUAGUCCACCUGGAAUCUUUCAUUACAGUGUGCCUUCUUAAAAUUAAAUUAGUGGAAUUAUUUCCUUCUUAAUGCGUUUGAAGCCAAUCAUUGUGUUUGUGACAAAGUAGGGGCUAUAACAGAAGAUAGCCCUACUUGGUAAAGACCAAGUCCAUAUUAUGGCAAGAAAGCUCCACUAGAAGCGAAGAGAAACGUACAGGUCCAUCAUUUUUUAGGUAACAUAAUGUGAGUGUCUCACAAUCGUAAACAUUGAUUCAAGAACUUUGAAUUAUUGCUGUUUGCAGCCAAAAGAGCAUCAAAGGCUAAUUUGUGAACUGGCUCUUCAUGAGGCUGCCAAGGAAUGGAGAGGUUGGACCCAGAGAUUUAGCCCUGUUGGGGGUGGGGCAAUGAGUAAGCUCCCAUAGAGUUUGGUCGGUUGGCGGGGCCCAGAAUUGAGUUCCCGAAAUAAAUGCUUUCACAAGUGUUCAAGUACCAGGGAGCACCUGCACACAUCAAUGUUUCAGGGGGGGGUGCCACUGGCUGAUCAGGCCAUCAUAAGUCCAAAUGCGGUGCAAAGAACCACUCUAAAGACACCAAAAGAAGAAGGAACCUGCUUGAGCCAGGAGGUACUUGGGACAAUACUUGCCAGUGGGGAAUUUGCCGGUCUGGAGUCCCAUUAGAAUUUGCCAACCCGUGUCUUGUGAGAGCAGUGGAUGAGAGAAACUUCGCGGUGGAUUCCACCGUGAGCUGGCAGGGGGGGGUGUGAUGGUGAUGUGGUGUGCUUGUGUGUGACACUGUCUUGAUUUAUUUAGAAUUCAGCCACCUUGAACCAGCAUGCGUAAGUCUACAGCAUUCCUGCAGCAAUAUCCCUCCAAUCUGGUUUGGGUCUUGAUGGGCCGGUAGGGUGAUGAGUCAUCUUGUUUUUUCAACAGGACAAUGUGCCCAACAAAACCUCCGGCUGUGUAAGGCCUUUGUACAAAAGAUUUGGAGUGCUGCACAUCAUGACUGGGGCCGUCCAAUCCCUGUGAGCUGGCGGUCAACCAAGAUUGAGAUGUUUAUAAGGGACGAGGAGGUGAAGGAAAAGGCCAAAAAAACUAACCAUUUGGGAACCUUCAAACUGUUGGAAAGUUUCAGUAAGCGGGGGAACAAUGCAAAAAUUAAAAAAUCAUCAAGGAUUUGGUUUUGAAGACCCUCUUUUUAAUUGUAACACUUUAAAAUUACAGAUUAAAAUGUGUUUUUUUGACCUUCACAAUUAUUAAAAAAUUUUUAUUGUAAAAAAAGAAAAAUUUUAAUAGAUUUUCUAAAAUUCCCCCCAAAAGUGGGGGUGUAUAUAAUUUUAAAAACCCCCCUUCAACUAGGGAAAAAUUAAAAAUAUCAAAAAUACAUUACAUAUAUUAAAUUUAUGAAUUAAUAAAAUUUAGUCCAUUUUCCCAAAACCCGUCCGGGGCCCCACCGUUUGUUUUUCUAAAGCACUCACCUUAUUAAUUUUUAACUUUUAUAGUUAGAACCGCAGCUAAAAGGCAAAAAACCCAAAGGCCCCCAAAAGGGGGGGGCCCAAACAAAUUUGGGAACCCGGGCUUAAGUGAAAAAAUUUAAAAAAAUUGUGGCCCAGCCUCUUAGGUCAUGACAGUCCUGCGUGUAGUUUGGGCUGAUCCCACCUUCCCUACUUGCCAUUCUUGCGAGCCCCGACCGAGGUGAUUGACCGUCAUCUUGACUUCUCCAUUUCUAUAAUUGCGCCAACAGUUGUUGCCUUCUCACCAAGCUGCUUGCCUAUUGUCCUGUAGCCUAUCCCAGCCUUGUGCAGGUCUACAAUUAUAUCCCUGAUGUCCUUACACAGCUCUCUGAUCUUGGCCAUUGUGGAGAGGUUGGAGUCUGUUUGAUUGAGUGUGUGGACAGGUGUCUUUUAUACAGGUAACGAGUUCAAACAGGUGCAGUUAAUACAGGUAAAGAGUGGAGAACAGGAGGGCUUCUUAAAGAAAAACUAACAGGUCUGUGAGAGCCGGAAUUCUUACUGGUUGGUAGGUGAUCAAAUACUUAUGUCCUGCAAUAAAAUGCAAAUUAAUUACUUAAAAAUCAUACAAUGUGAUUUUCUGGAUUUUUGUUUUAGAUUCCGUCUCUCACAGUUGAAGUGUACCUAUGAUAAAAAUUACAGACCUCUACAUGCUUUGUAAGUAAGAAAACCUGCAAAAUUGGCAGUGUAUCAAAUACUUGUUCUCCCCACUGUACAUACAGUGGGGGAAAAAAGUAUUUAGUCAGCCACCAAUUGUGCAAGUUCUCCCACUUAAAAAGAUGAGAGAGGCCUGUAAUUUUCAUCAUAGGUACACAUCAACUAUGACAGACAAAUUGAGGAAAAAAAUUCCAGAAAAUGACAUUGUAGGAUUUUUUAUGAAUUUAUUUGCAAAUUAUGGUGGAAAAUAAGUAUUUGGUCACCUACAAACAAGCAAGAUUUCUGGCUCUCACAGACCUGUAACUUCUUCUUUAAGAGGCUCCUCUGUCCUCCACUCGUUACCUGUAUUAAUGGCACCUGUUUGAACUUGUUAUCAGUAUAAAAGACACCUGCCCACAAGCUCAAACAGUCACACUCCAAACUCCACUAUGGCCAAGACCAAAGAGCUGUCAAAGGACACCAGAAACAAAAUUGUAGACCUGCACCAGGCUGGGAAGACUGCAUCUGCAAUAGGUAAGCAGCUUGGUUUGAAGAAAUCAACUGUGGGAGCAAUUAUUAGGAAAUGGAAGGCAUACAAGACCACUGAUAAUCUCCCUCGAUCUGGGGCUCCACGAAAGAUCUCACCCCGUGGGGUCAAAAUGAUCACAAGACCGGUGAGCAAAAAUCCCAGAACCACACGGGGGGACCUAGUGAAUGACCUGCAGAGAGCUGGGACCAAAGUAACAAAGCCUACCAUCAGUAACACACUACGCCGCCAGGGACUUAAAUCCUGCAGUGCCAGACGUGUCCCCCUGCUUAAGCCAGUACAUGUCCAGGCCCGUGCUAGAGUGCAUUUGGAUGAUCCAGAAGAGGAUUGGGAGAAUGUCAUAUGGUCAGAUGAAACCAAAAUAGAACUUUUUGGUAAAAACUCAACUCAUCGUGUUUGGAGGACAAAGAAUGCUGAGUUGCAUCCAAAGAACACCAUACCUACUGUGAAGCAUGGGGGUGGAAACAUCAUGCUUUGGGGCUGUUUUUCUGCAAGGGACCAGGAUGACUGAUUCGUGUAAAGGAAAGAAUGAAUGGGGCCAUAUAUCAUGAGAUUUUGAGUGAAAACCUCCUUCCAUCAGCAAGGGCAUUGAAGAUGAAACGUGGCUGGGUCUUUCAGUAUGACAAUGAUCCCAAACACACCGCCCGGGCAACGAAGGAGUGGCUUCGUAAGAAGCAUUUCAAGGUCCUGGAAUGGCCUAGCCAGUCUCCAGAUCUCAACCCCAUAGAAAAUCUUUGGAGGGAGUUGAAAGUCCGUGUUGCCCAGCGACAGCCCCAAAACAUCACUGCUCUAGAGGAGAUCUGCAUGGAGGAAUGGGCCAAAAUACCAGCAACAGUGUGUGAAAACCUUGUGAACACUUACAGAAAACGUUUGACCUGUGUCAUUGCCAACAAAGGGUAUAUAACAAAGUAUUGAGAAACUUUUGUUAUUGACCAAAUACUUAUUUUCCACCAUAAUUUGCAAAUAAAUUCAUAAAAAAUGUGAUUUUCUGGAUUUUUUUUCCUGAUUUUGUCUGUCAUAGUUGACGUGUACCUAUGAUGAAAAUUACAGGCCUCUCUCAUCUUUUUAAGUGGGAGAACUUGCACAAUUGGUGGCUGACUAAAUACUUUUUUUCCCCACUGUACGUACAUACAUACAUACAUACAUACAUACAUACAUACAUACAUACAUACAUACAUACAUACAUAACCAGUGAAAAGUUUGGACACACCAACUCAUUCAAGGGUUUUUCUUUAUUUUUUACUAUUUUCUACAUUGUAUUUCAUAGUGUAACCAAAAAAGUGUUAAACAAAUCAAAAUAUAUUUUAUAUUUGAGAUUCAUCAAAUAGCCACCCUUUGCCUUGAUGACAGCUUUGCACACUCUUGGCAUUCUCUCAACCAGCUUCAUGAGGUAGUCACCUGGAAUGCAUUUCAAUGAACAGGUGUGCCUUCUUAAAAUUAAAUUAGUGGAAUUUAUUUCCUUCUUAAUGCGUUUGAGCCAAUCAGUUGUGUUGUGACAAGGUAGGGGGCUAUACAGAAGAUAGCCCUACUUGGUAAAAGACCAAGUCCAUAUUAUGGCAAGAACAGCUCAAAAAAGCGAAGAGAAACGACAGUCCAUCAUUACUUUAAGACAUGAAGGUCAGUCAAUACGUAAAAUCUCAAGAACUUUGAAAGUUCUUGCAGUCGCAAAAACCAUCAAGCGCUAUGAUGAAACUGGCUCUCAUGAGGACUGCCACAGGAAUGGAAGACCCAGAGUUACCUCUGCUGCAGAGGAUAAGUUCAUUAGAGUUACCAGCCUCAGAAAUUGCAGCCCAAAUAAAUGCUUCACAGAGUUCAAGUAACAGACACAUCUCAACAUCAACUGUUCAGAGGGCACUGUGUGAAUCAGGCCUUCAUAGUCGAAUUGCUGCAAAGAAACCACUACUAAAGGACACCAAAAAGAAGAAGAGACCUGCUUGGGCCAAGAAACACGAGCAAUGGACAUUAGACUGGUGGAAAUGUGUCCUUUGGUCUGGAGUCCAAAUUUGAGAUUUUUGGUUCCAACCGCUGUGUCUUUGUGAGACGCAAUGUGGAUGAAGAGAAACUUUGCGUGUGUAUUUCCCACCGUGAAGCAUGGAGGAGGAGGUGGGGGUGCUUUGCUGGUGACACUGUCUGUGAUUUAUUUAGAAUUCAAGGCACACUUAACCAGCAUGGCUACCACAGCAUUCUGCAGCAAUACGCCAUCCAAUCUGGUUUGGGCUUAGUGGGACUAUCAUUUGUUUUUCAACAGGACAAUGACCCAACACACCUCCAGGCUGUGUAAGGGCUAUUUUACCAAGAAGGAGAGUGAUGGAGUGCUGCAUCAGAUGACCUGGCCUCCACAAUCCCCUGACCUCAACCAAAUUGAGAUGGUUUGGGAUGAGUUGGACCGCAGAGUGAAGGAAAAGCAGCAGACAAGUGCUCAGCAUAUGUGGACUGUUGGAAAAGCAUUCUAGGUGAAGCUCGUUGAGACAAUGCCAAGAGAGUGAAAAGCUGUCAUCAAGGCGAAGGGUGGCUAUUUGAAGAAUCUCUAUAUUUUGAUUUGUUUAACACUUUUUUUGGUUACUACAUGAUUCCAAAUGUGUUAUUUUGAUGUCUUCACUAUUAUUCUACAAUGUAGAAAUUAGUAAAAAAUAAAGAAAAAUCCUUGAAUGAGUAGGUGUUCUAAAACUUUUGACCGGUUGUGUAUGUGUGUGUGUGUGUGUGUAUAUAUAUAUAUAUCUAAACUCACUCACUCACUACUGGUCAAAAGUUAUAUAUAUAUAUACAUACAUACAUACAUACAUACAUACAUACAUACUAACAUUUACAUUAUACUCACAUAAUACAUUCUAGUCCAGUGUUUCCCAAACUCGGUCCUGGGCCCCACGUCUUGUUUUUUGUCCUAGCACUACACAGCUUAUUCAAAUAAUCAAAGCUUUAAUGAUAAGUUGGUUAUUUGAAUCCGCUGUGUAGUGCUAGGGCAAAAACCAAAACGUGCACCCAGGGGGGGGCCCCAGGACUGAGUUUGGGAAACCCUGCUCUAAUCCAGUGGUUCCUAAACAUGUUUACUUUUUAAGCAUGUCGGCAGUGACCAAAAUACAGGGCAUUUUCACUUUGAGACGGACUUAAAUGGUUUUCCCCUCCCCUGCUCCCUCUAUCCAGGCUCAGCCUAUGGAGGUGCGUGCUGUGAGGGACUUUGCGGAACCUAGGAAACUCACUCUGCUGUCCAAAGACCUAGUGACUGUCAUAGACCAUGGGUGAGAGAGAGGGGGAUGGGAAGAAGGGAAACAUUUAUGGACAUAAAGAAAGAGGGGUUCAUUCGUUAAACCUGUUCCUUCAAAGAGCUCCACUCUUGAACUGCAUUCCAACCCUGAUUUGACUGUUAACCCUAAUCCUCACAUUCUUGCCCCCUUGUGGUAAUUCUUGAGAGGGGGGGUAUUAUCAAAAUCUUUAUCACGAGAAUCUUACAAUUACACUACGCUCUCUCUCCUUUUAUUAACUUGGCUAACAAUUUACAUUAUGCAGGGACUUUUGUAAAAUUGUGUCAAGAGGGUGGUUAAGGAUUUAUGAGCAGUUGAUAUUUUUAGUUAGUCUAUAAGUCAGUAUAAACAGUUAUAAAUCAUUGGUUGAAAUUGUAUGAUAUUCACUGGUUUCUUAAUGUGAUUGUUCUCCUGUAGUCUGGAGCUGUGUGAGUGGAAGGGUCAGAACCAGAGGACCCUGACAGUGGGCUGGUUCCCCCCGAGCCUGGCUGCCCCCAGCAGCUCCCCUGCUCCUCCUGCUGCCCCUGGUCCUUCUGCCUCCAGCCUCAUCUCUCCCCCUCUGAGGGGCAGUCUGCAGCACACAGGGCAUGGAGACACCCACCCCGACCGUAGCUGGGGCACCCCGGAGCGCCUCGAUGAGUCAGUCAAGUUUUGAAUUAGGUUUCGAUAAGGCUUGGAUAAUGUUUUGCUGCUGGGCUUUAAUCAUGUUGUAUGCUAUCCUUGGUUCCUGCAUUCAACAGCGCUGUUUUCUUGCAAUGUUUGACAAUGACGAGUUAGUUAAGGCAGAAACCGACUGCAGGAGGGUCUUAGCUGGUGAAUUAACCACCUACCUCCAAACUUGAUAGCUUUCCACUUAGUAUUCAGCAGUUUUCUUUUGUAAACAUUCCACCAUGAGGAAAUGUAACAACCUACCCAACCCAUAGCUAUAUGAUGAAUGUAGUAUGACUUUAAACCUUUGAGUGUACAUCCUAUGGCCCAUGACCAAUGUUCCCUCUACAAUUUUCAUCACUGAGCAAAUUUCAGGUGUGCUGAGCGCAAACUUGAAUGUUGUGAAAAUUCUGUGCAACUUCCAACGCGCGUUUACUGUGAACACUGAGGCUGUACCCGCUUUAAGUUACAGUUUUAACAGUGGCCAAGUAGGCUACUGUGGCUAUUUAAUCAUAAUGUAGGCCUACCAGAGUGGCCUACCAUCAAAAACAAUGGAGAAAAUGCAUCCCAUAACAUUUUAACAUGGAAAUAGCUCGUUCAGCCUACAGAUGCAGCCAAUGUGUGGUGUUCAAUGUAGGCCUACAUGCAGGGCUUGACAUUAACCUGUUUACCCACUUGUCCUUCAGACAAGGUGACUCAAAAUGUUGUUGUUUGAUGCAAGAAUCCACUUUACAAAAUAAAAUGCAUCAUUAUUCCCAAUCAUUAUUACAGAGAAUCAGACAAAUUAUGCUACCCUCUGCCUAGUCUACUUAGCUUAUUCAAGCCUGUCUCAAAAUACAACACUGCCCCUUUAAGACAAAAAAAAUAUCUUUACCUGACUCGCUUUUCAAAGUUUAGUGCUCUUGUAGGAAGCAAUCACUCCCCUAUUGCUGACUACACAUUAUCAAUAACUGGGCUAAUAAUUCACUAACUAGCAAAGGAUAUUAACAAUGUGCACACCUGGCUACAUGCAGCUCUCGCUUUGAUCUCAAAACAAGCGCAUCUACUCAAGACCGCUCAUGCUAUAAACACAGUCCAGUUCAAAGUGAAUGGCACUGAUCCAUAUAUGGCAAUUGUCUAUUUGUUUAUAGGCCUACUGCAGCUCUGAUUCGUUAUUGCGCAACGGUCUGUGUAGAGUACGGGCCUGAGUCGUGCCUGUCAAUGCAAUAGAAUCCUACUCCGAUGUGUUCUGCCUACAACAACAUCUCUUGCAUAGUUAGUUUUGCAUACUAAGUCUUGCAUAGUUCGUUUUGUUUCGGUGCAUUGAAAGUGGCUAAUAUUGCGUUGAUUCGAUCACAAGUCCAUCAGAAAAGGGAAACGUUGAUAGUGUUAACUAAUGGGGAAAACUCUAGAAAGUUGAAUCUCGUGCUUCUCUGCACGAGCUGAUAUUUCUUCUGCACAGCAGUCCCGGGGGAGCUGCGGCCCACGCACAGCUUAGAGGGAACAUUGCCCAUGAUCAGUGUGUAUUUACCUGUGUUUUGUUAUCUGACCUUUUCAGGAGCGUAACCUGGAGGAGCGGCCCAGCAAACAGAGCUAGAGAGGAGGAGGGCUCCAACUUACAGAAAAUGUCAGGUAACGACGUCAAGCAGAGCUCUUUGAUCAACAUAUGGCUGAUACUAACAUGUUCUCCAUCUUCUACUGGCAUCGAGAGCAAAGGGUCGCAAUUUCGAUACCAACUAGGGACAACCCCCCCCCCCCCCACACACAUGCUGUAUACUGUACAUGUUUUGUACAAAAUAAAUAAAUGUGUUUAAUAGAACUAUCCCUCUGUCCCCAGGUAUGUCCAGGAGUCUGGAGUCUGUCCUGAGCGAUCCCCAGAGCAGGAUUCAGACGGUAGUAGGGGUCAGGGUGGACCCCCGUCGUGGACCCGUCCCCAGUGCCAUGGUGGCCCGCAGCACGGUGAUGCAGCAGGACCCCCGUAGGUUCAGCGAGGCCAGCAUCAACCCCCCGCCUCGCCCGCCCCUGCCCAACCUCAAACGCUUCAAGAUCCCCCAGGUGAUGAUCCGAGAUCAGAGGCCUACUGCAAAUCCAGUCCCAGGCACCUUGUGGCCUCCACAGCCUCCAACACAUCCACAGCAGCAGAUGCUACAGCCAGCCCAGCCUCAACCACCGCAGACCAUGGGGGGAAGUAAUCUGGGCAAGAUGGCCCACAUGGCACGGUCAACACCAGCACUGGAUGACUAUGGGAACAAGGAGAGGGAUCAAGAAAAGGAGAGGGUGGUGAGGGAACGAGAGAGGGAGAGGUACCCGCCUCAUGUGCAACGCACCAGGGAAGCCGUCAUAGCACAGGUAUGGAAUGGAUGUAUGGUCUUUAGUUCUUGAGGUCUUAAGACAAUUCAGGCUCUUUUAAUUGGUCUAACAUACUAAGGUAUUCUGAUUGGUCAGGUCAUGGAGGCAGUGCAUGGAGUGACCAAUGAGGAGGUUCGGAACGCACUUCGCCGCAAUGAGUGGAACCCUAUAAGGGCCCAGCAACAACUCAAGGUGAGACAGAAUUUCUCUUAUAAUUCUUAUGUAAUAAUGCAUAUUUUAUUUACAUAUACUUAAAAUGUAUUCUCCAUUGAGCAACGUAGUUUACUAAGAAUACAAAAAUUAGGUAUUACAACCAAAUAAUUGCAGCAUUACUGCGAAAAUGGAAGAGGAAAGAGUAAGGAACUUGUCUGUCGGCCCUGCAUUAAAGAACAUAAUUGGUUAAAGAAAAUUGUGAUAAAUAAAAAAGUAUACCAAUUUCAUUUAAGGACCAAAGGAUUGACAGCCGUCCCAAAUAGAUUGCAAAAUAGUUCGGAAUAGAUUUUUGACGUACCGAUUCCAUGGCAUAGUGUUUAUGAACUGAUACGCAAAACGACGCCGGAUUCAAAACUUCGAAUUUUUCAAUUUAAAUUAUUAUACAAGAUUUUGCUGCGAAGAGACAGAAUCAUUAGAUCAUUUGUUUUGGUACUGUCCAUUUGUAGCUUGUUUUUGGACACAGGUCCAGGAAUGGCUAAAGGAUUGCAAUAUUUACCUGGAGCUAACCCUGCAGAUAGCACUACUGGGUGAUCUGAAAAGUCAUAGUCAAUCGAUCAAUAAUAUAAUAAUACUUUUAGCAAAAAAAUUUAUUCUCAAUUUACAAUCUGUAGAAACAAUGAGAAUAGAAGGGUUCCUAACUUUUGUAAAACAUCACAGUACAGUUGAAAAAUAUGGCAAAUAGAAAUCCAAUAUGGAUGGUGUUAAGAGAUAGAUGGGAGGUGUUGAAUGGAGUUGAAGGAUGGGACUAAUAACAACUAAUAACAAGAUAACUAAUGUAAAGCAUACUGUGUCCAUAAUAAGUAUAUAGGUUAUAGGUUCAGAGCUUUUGUGAAAGAGCACAGUUAGAAAGAUAUGGAAUAUAGAAGCAAACCAGAUGGACAUCAUAAAAAUGAUCAUAGAAGGUUGAGGGUAGAGGAAGUUCAGGAGUAAAAACAAACAAAAUAUAAUUAUUGUAGAAUUGACUGUGUCCAUAAAAUGUAUAUAGUAUGAAUAAGCUGGAAGUAGAGGCCUAAGCAUUGUUGUUCACUAGUUUACUCCAAUUAGGGGAGGGGUGGUGGGGUUGGAAAGUAAUAAAGGGAAAUAUAUUUUAAUAAAGGAUGUGUAUGUAUGUAUAUUAUAUAUGUAUGUAUAAUAUAUAUAUAUAUAUAUAUAUAUAUAUAUAUAUAUAUAUAUAUAUAUAUGCGAGAGAAAAAAACAUAUGGGGGAUUUGAAGUGAUGCAGACAAUUACAUUAAUGGAAGUUACAAUCUAUCUGCAAUAUUAAAGCUGAUCUACCCCCUAAAAAAAAAAAAAAAGUAUUUGGAUCAGCUGUGUUUGUAAUUAAUACUAAAUAUGAUGCCCCAACCUUGUGCUCACUCCUCUCGCUCUCUCUCUUUUCUUCUCUCUCCUUCCCUCUCAGAUGGAGCACCUGUACUCUCUGAGUCUGUGUUCUCGUGACCACUGCGCCAUGAUCCUGUCCCGCUACCAGUGGGAUCUAGAGCAGGCCAGUCGCUACCUGAUCAGAAUGGUACGGGAGGACAGGACUGGAGGAGGAGAGAGGAAGAGGAGGGACGGAGAGAGAGAGGCAUCCCCUGCUGCCAUGGAGAGACAAGGAGGAGAAUGAGAGGUGCAGGGAUGGAGGAAUACUGGAAACUGGGGACAAGAAAGCUUUACAACAUUUAAGAGGAACUGACAAGGAAUUUUAGGAAUUGAAUAGAUGGAAGGAGGAUGCAAAAUGAAUUGAAUAUAUAUGGAGUGAACCAUAGACAUUACAGUCCUCCAAAAUACUAUUUUUAUCAUUUUUUUACAGUUCUGUUAACAGUAUUUUUUUUAACGAAGUGACAAACUGCCACAUCCUCUGUUCUCAAAAAUAGUUGUAUCAUGAUUAAUUUGUAUAUAUUGUAUUAACAUUGAUUAUAUUUG